AUGGCGAGGAUCUGGUUUGCGCGGCAAUGGCGGUGGCCGAAGGUCAUGGCGGCCCUUUUGGCUGUCGAGUUCCUCUUGACUGUCGGGUGCUUGACAUUGACGGGCAUCGCCCACCCGAAUACAUAUCGAACGAAGCUCUGGCAAAAUGGAUCCGACAAAGGCUUCAACAGUGCACCGAACUCCAUCCUCUAUGCCUAUGCCAACUGGCAGACACCGCAUACGCCGAUAGUGUGGAGUCACUAUACCAGCAUGACGACCUUCAACGUAGUGAUAUCACUGUUGAGCAUGUUCAUCUUGCUUGUGAAAGCUUCAAUGUACGUGCUGCAUUGCUUCAUCCCGGCUCUGAGCGUCUUUGUACACGCCCUUCUGGUCGCCCUGUACUGUGUCAGCAUAUACAACCAGUCACGACCCGAUAUGACCGAUCUGGAAAAACCAUCGCCCGGCUUGCCUUGGUAUAUCAGCAAAGGAUGUAGCUAUGCUACGCCGGGCAAUCAUGGGUAUUGCAUGCAAGCGCGAGCGACCUUCGCUGUAGUCAUUGUCAUGAUGGUACUUUUCGCCACGUACCUUUUCUACUCCAUAUGGAACCUGUGGCCCACGGCGGAGGAGAAGACUGCGCGAGACGCAGAGUACGAGAGUGAUCUCGAGAUGAAGAAGCUUUCCAUGUACGGCUACGAAGACGACGAUGUGAGCAAAGAAGAAAGGCGAGAGCGAAACAGGCAACUCUUCUUGAACCUGCCCAAGACGCCGAAUACACCUGGAUUCGGGGAUCACAACCCAAUGACACCUAGGACGACAGCGUUUUCGCAGCUCAAUGGCGGAGAGCUGCCUUAUACUCGCAGUACAGGCCCGAGUGGCCCACUGCCAGUCAGGGAGGAUAUGACCUUUCCGCCGCCUCCAGAUGGAAGGUGA